GUUGCUUUAAGGUUGCAACCUUAUAGAACCCUUCUCAAAACCCUUGUUAACCCCUUCUCCCGCCUCCCUCCUCUAUCUGCAUCGGUUUCCAAUUCCUCUUCCAAAUCAUCGAUUCUGUUCCUAAAUGUAAAAUCCUCCUGCUCACCCUAGCUUUCUCUCUCUACCACUCCUCUCUCUCCUCUGUAACUCCUUCCAGCUCCGCUUCCCACCUCUCUCUCUCCCCUAAUGUCCUCAUCUCUACCGUUCGCAAACACCCCAUAAACCGAAAACCCAUUUUUUCAGGAAUCCCUUCUAUUCAUUAACUUCAUGGGUGGUGGUCCUCGAACAUUUCCAGGAGGCCUAAACAAAUGGCAAUACAAAAGACUCCAUGAAAAGAUGGCGAGAGAGAAAGAGAAAAAGCUUUUGCAACAAGAGAAACAACUAUACGAAGCUCGGAUACGGAACACCAUCAGGAACCAGCUCUCUGGUAAUGCCAUUACUGAUUCCUCUUCUAAAAAUGUUCAAAAUUCCCAUAAUUAUGGACCCAUGAGUGCUAAAGACCAUAUAAAAGCUUUAGCUGAUCGUUUCAUGGUAAAAGGGGCUGAGGAUUUAUGGAAUGAAGAUGAUGGGCCAAUUGGAGAUCCUCCUUUAAGAUCCAAAAACCCAAGAUUAAUCAACCGAGAGCCUAUUGAUUCAAGGAAGUUAUCAUCGGGUUCACAUAAUUUAGCCAACAACAUCAGUUUCAACGGAAUGCCCAAGAAUUUUAUUAGGAAAUAUGGGAGUAUUGCAUUUUGUAGGAGCUAUUCAACUGUACAUAUGUGCAAUAGCAACAAAUUCUUAUCGAAUUGUAGUGUGGAUUCAAGAAAACUUUUGGGGGGUGUGAGUAAAUUGGUGGAUACCACUGGUGACAAUGUGUUCAGGAAGAAUUUGAGCAAGAGUAAUAAAUUCUUAUCGCAUUAUAGUGCUGAUUCAAAAAUUUAUUUUUGGGAUAUGACUAAUAUUGUGUUUACUAAUGGUUUGAUUCAAAACUAUGGUAAUGUCCCAUUUUGUCGGAAUUAUUCUGUAGCAAGUAGAAGUUACUCUAGAUUUAGAUUUGGUGCUCAUAAAACUUCGUCGAGUGAAGACAACAAAAGUUUUGCCUUUGAAGAUCGUAAGGUCCGAUCUGGAGAUGAGAAGUCAAUGGGUUUUAGGGGUGGGAGAAACUCAAGAUUUUCAAGGAUUGACACUGACGACAAGGAGAGAGAAGAAUCAGAAAUGAGGGGUGCUAGGGGAAAAAGAGAUGCAAAGAAUGUUUUUAGUGGAGCAGCUUUGAGAAAUUAUGAUACUAAACCUCCAAGGAGGCCUCCUACACUAGAGGAAGGAGAGGAAGGGCUGAGUCAAGAGAGGCGUGUUAUGGAUCUUCGUCAAGAGAUAUAUGCGAUAAGAGAGCGAGAUACUUUCACAAGCUUAGAGAGACGUUAUCUUGAGAAAGAAGAGUCACUUCUUAGUCAAAAGAGGUUUGAUGAGUGCAAUAUUUCACCAUUAACAAUCAAAGCACUUUCGUCUGCCGGUUAUCUGCAAAUGACAGUGGUGCAGGAGGCUGCCAUUUCUACUUGUCUUGAAGGUAAGGAUGCUCUAGUCAAGGCGAAAACUGGAACCGGAAAGACUGCGGCUUUUAUGAUUCCUGCAAUUGAAGCAGUUUUGAAGGCUUGUACAAGCAACACAAAUCAACGGUUCAUACCUUUUCUUGCCCUUGUUCUUUGUCCCACCCGAGAGCUAGCCAGCCAGAUUGCUGCAGAGGCAAAUGUGUUGCUUAAGUACCAUGAUGGCCUUGGCACCCAAACACUUGUCGGAGGAACAAGAUUCAAAGAGGAUCAGAAACUCCUUGAUGGUGGUCCUUGCCAGAUUAUAGUGGCAACCCCAGGUAGAUUAUUGGAUCAUAUUGAGAAUAAGUCGGGAUUUUCUGUCCGAUUGAUGGGUUUGAAAGUUCUUAUCGUUGACGAAGCCGAUUUGUUAUUGGAUUUGGGGUUUCGCAAAGAUAUGGAAAGAAUUGUCGAUUGUUUACCUCGUCAGAGGCAAUCACUGUUGUUCUCUGCUACAAUCCCUAAAGAGGUGCGCAGAAUAUCUCAGCUUGUAUUGAAAAAAGAUCAUGUUUACAUUGAUACAGUUGGGCUGGGGGGUCAGGAUACACAUGCCAAGGUAUUACAAUCCUAUCUUAUUGCCUCUCAUGACUCACAUUUCCACAUCACCUAUCUAAUUCUCAAGGAGCAUAUUAUGCAAGAGCCAGACUAUAAGGUCAUUGUUUUCUGCACGACUGGGAUGGUCACAUCGCUUUUGUAUUCGAUUCUUCGGGAGUUGAAAAUGAAUGUGAGGGAAUUGCAUUCAAGAAAGCCUCAAAUUUAUCGGACUCGCAUGUCUGAUGAAUUCAGGGAGUCAAAGCGGUUAAUUCUCAUCACAUCCGAUGUUUCAGCCCGAGGAAUGGAUUAUCCUGAUGUUACCCUGGUGGUUCAGGUGGGAAUUCCUUCUGAUCGGGAGCAGUAUAUACAUCGACUUGGGAGGACAGGGCGCCAAGGCAAAGAAGGGAAGGGUGUGUUGUUGCUUGCCCCUUGGGAAGAUUACUUUUUAGAUGAGAUUAGAGAUCUUCCCAUUCAUAGGUCUACCUCACCACAAUUGGAUUCAGAAGUAAAAGCUAAGGUGGAAAAUUCUCUGGCGAGGAUCGACUCGAGCUUGAAAGAAGCUGCUUAUCAUGCCUGGCUUGGUUAUUACAAUUCGAUUCGACAGAUUGGUCGCAACAAAACAGAGCUCGUUGUGCUUGCACAUCGCUUCUCUCUAUCUAUAGGUUUGCAGAAUCCACCUUCAAUGUUCAGGAAAACAGCCCUUAAAAUGGGUUUAAGAGACAUUCCUGGGAUUCGAAUAAGAAAGUAGUGAGAGAAAGCUAUAUUAAAAAAAAAAAAAUAGUGAGAGAAAGCUGAAGAUGAUGCUGCUGUUGACGCUCAAAAGGGUGGCUGUAGAGAGAGAAUUUUGUUUCAAUGAUGGUGUAGAAACCCAACAUUUUAUCAUGCAUGGUUUUGGUUGUUUUCUCACGAAAUCCUAGUGAGAGAAUAAAUAGGAAAGGAGGAGGAGCCCUACAUGGCAAUGGAAAUAGCGCUGGCCUUUUCGAUUUUGGGUUUGCAGAAGUUUCUUGGUUAGGAGAUGGGGGUUUCGUUGAGUCUUAAAUGAGAGAGAUGACUAGUUUUCAUUUUCACUUGUAAGAUUAUUGUAUUUUUACUAUCAUCAACAGGAGCUUUCCCUAAAUUGUGGAGAAACGGAGAGCUUUCCUUAACUUGUGAAAGAAUGCGUGUACAGAGUUGUCUGAGAACUGGUCUUUCUCUCUCUCUCUCUCUCUCUCUCUCUCUCUCUCUCUCUCAUCCUCCAUGGCCAAGAAGGGCUCUAUCUCUCAGUUACCCUCCAUGACCAAGAAAUGAAAGUAACAGAAGAAAUCAGAGAAGUCGAAGAAACAAAAAGGAGACCCCAAUGAAAGCCAGCAACGACGAAGAAGAAUAGAACCCGAAUUCCGCUCUGGGUGACUUGGACCCAAACCUUAAUUUCCUCUCUCGAAAAGUUUGGUGAAACCGAUGGAUGAGAAGCUGAGAAUAUGACAUCUUACUCCAAUUUUCUCUGAUUUCCUCUGUAUUUGUUUGUUUCUUUUUACAUAAGAUACAUAGCAUUGGAGCAAGGGGUGCCAACGGUCUAGGCCGGGUCGUUUUCAUGCUUCUAGGCCAGCAAUUACAGGCCAGUUUGAUUUUGGGCCAGGGCGGGCCGAAAGCCCGAACACAGGCUUCUUAAAUCUAAUGUUCCCCACUCUCUUCCCUUAUAUUUGCUAUACCAAUCUCCCUCUCCCUUUCUCUCUCUCUCUCUGCCGUCCCAAUCUUUCUCUCUCUCUCUCUUAGAAGAGGGUUUGGUUUUAGGGUUAGUUAUCUUUCCCUCGUUUCGCUCUCUAGUUUUUCUUUGGUUUGUCUUACUAGAUUUACUCUAUCUGGUUUCACUAGGUUCCCACUUUACUCUCUUUCCAAGGGUUUUAAGAGAUUUGUUAUAAGGAGCUUCUCUCUACCAUUCUUCUUCUACUCCCUCGCUGCUGUUUUGGGGUGUUGCUACUGGUUUCUGCUGGUUUUUGGGGUGUUUGGGUGGGCUUUUGCUAAUUUGGGCGGUUUUCUGGCCGGGGCGGGCUGGAAGCUUUCGGGCCUUAUUCGGAGCUUCAUAUUAGACUGAUUAUCUCUUAAUCUUGUGGCAAUAUUUACCUGCAUUACAAUUUCAGAAAGCUCCUCAAGCUUAAUCGCUUGCUUUGGCUUUCAUCCUUUUUUUCUUACAUAUUUUGUUUUAGUGUUUUUUAUCAGGAUAUUGAUUUCAGAGGGCUCCUAAGGCCUGAUAUGCCUUUUGUUUUUUUCUUUAGUGUAUUUUGAUUUCGGAGAGUUCUUAAAGCCGAAUUUCUCCACCUUGUUUUCUCCAUUAAUUGUUGUGCGUCUUUGAUAUAAAGAAGGAAAAGGUUCAAAUA